CAUAAACCAUCUCGUUUGCAAAACCCACUUGGUGAAUGCGACGCCUUACUCGACUCGCGCAGCAACUUCACCCCCGCACCAGCGCUCGCCAUCUCUCCACCAGAAUGACCACUGCUCUGAUUCCCAUUGCCGACGGCUCGGAAGAGAUCGAAGCCAUCACGCUGGCUGACGUGCUUACCCGCGGCGGCGUCCAGGUGACUCUGGCCACUGUCGGCAGCAAGCCAAACAACAUUGUUACCAUGUCGCGCGGCGUCAAGGUACAAGGUGAUGCAGCCAUCGAGGCGUGCGCCGGCAAGAGCUACGACCUUGUUGUGAUCCCUGGAGGCAUGCCAGGCGCCGAGCAUCUCCGCGACUCGAAGGAGGUAGUGGCGCUACUGCAGAAGCAGAAGGAGGACGGGAAGUUAUACGGUGCUAUCUGUGCAGCUCCGGCUGUUGUGCUGCAUACGCACGGCCUAUUGCCCCCUGGUGCGGCUACCAGCUACCCUAGCUUCGAGCCAAAGAUGACAGGCGUGGACUUCAAGCUUGAGAACGUCGUUGUGAAUGGCAAGUGCGUAACCAGUCAAGGACCGGGGACUGCCAUGGCCAUGGGCGUCAAACUCGUGGAGCUUCUUUGUGGACACGAAAAGGCCCAGUCCGUCGCCCAAGGCCUGCUCAAUACCCCAAUGCCGUGAUGCAACUAGGAUCUAUGUCUUGCAGCUGAUAGCCGUGAUUGUGGCAGGAGAUACUCGGGGCAAAGUCUUAAGACAAUGGAUCGGUUGUUUCAACUGGUGGUGUCAAAUUGCUGCAAUACGCUUCUAAUCGUACUUCUUAUAACCUACUAAGUAUUUAGCGAUUUUUUUAUGUUAUCACGGUAGUUUAUUUCUUGUUUUGGUC